AAAAAAAAAAAAAGCCUUUACAUUGACAUGGUCUCACCACAGAGGAAGCAUCGCUGAGCAAGUCAUUCUUUUGCAUUUGUUUGAUAAUGCAAGAAGGUGCUACAAGCGGAUGGCCUUUACUUUUCUUGGCUGUUUUAAUUCCAGGUGUCCACUUGGUUGGAAAUGAUACAUCUAUUUUGGCUGCGUCAAGUUUUGGGGCUCGCGUCGACCGGCCAGUCCUACACCCUACUGAGGCUCUCCCUGUACCAGGAACCUACACUCUGGCCAACCCCGAGGGGGAACCAUGCAUCAAAGCUACCCUGGGAGCACAGUUUAUCAUCAUCAUAAAGAAGAAGAGCUGGUUUUACAACUUGGACCCCCUUAAGGUCACAGUUAGGGGUUCCUGUCACAGGGAGUCGGCAGUCUUGUCUCUCUCGCUACCCGAUAAUGCCGCCAGCCUGCAGUUCGCCUUCAGAAAGGAAAAGAAUCAAGUCUACGUCAGCAAGCUGACUGCUUCGGUGUCUCCUCAGCCCGUCUGUUUAGGAUGUGCGAAUAAGACGUACUCGGGUUUGGUGUCACGUGACAAGCUCUUUGCGGAACCCAACGGCCAAAGCUUUUGGUGCAAAUCUCCAACCGUGCUUCUGAUAUCUUCAGAAAUGAGUAUUAAGCUGGUACCUCUCCAUAUGCAGGCAUUUGGUGUGCCCAGCGGACAAUAUGGACAAGUGAAUGAGUGUUUGGCUGAUUAUAACAAGAGGACCAUCCCUGUCAUCCUUUGGGCUGUAGCAGUUGGCCUUUUGUUGAUUAUUCUCGUGAUUUUCUUAAUGAUGAGAGAAAAUCGUACUCGAGACUACGAAAGCCUUUGAGCUCUUCCUGAAACUGUCAUUUAUUAUUUGAAAUGGGUCAUAAAAAAAGGUCAAAAUAUGUAUGUCAAAUAUUUGUUGUUAAUAAAUAAUUCUGUAUUAUUUUUAUGUAUUAAAUAAAGAAAUACAAUUCUU